UUUCACUGUCUGCAUGUCUCAUCCGCGCUUGUGAUGAGAUUUCCGAGCUGGUGCAUUGCCUUCAUACGAGGCUAGACCUCAGUGUUGCCAGUGAGCCACGGCUGCCAGUGUUUUUGACAACCACUCUCAGGAACAUCAUCAUCUUGCUUGCCAGACUUCCAGCUUUGAACACCUAUGCUCGUACUCCUCCGCUUGUCUGGAGGCUAGGCUGGUCCCCCACCCCUUCUGGAGAGCUGCAUACCUGCCUGCCUCCUUUACCUGUGGAGUACUUGCAAGAGAAAGAUGUUCUGAAAGAAUUUGUGUUCAGAAUUAAUUCACUAGGCUGGAUAAACAGACAACAGUUUGAGGAAAGCUGGAUGAGUUUGCUAGGAGUUCUCAACCCUGUGUCACACACAGACCAUGAACUCUCCCCAGAGGAGGAAAUAGAACAGGCUCAGGGAAUGGUCAUAGCAGUAAAAGCCAUCACAUCCCUUCUUCUGCAAGCAUCACUUGUACCCUGCGCUGGCAAUCCAGCUAAUGGUUCUUAUGAGACCAGGCCGAGGGACAAACCAUUGGCUUUCCUUCAUACCAGAUGUGGCAAGAAGCUAUCAGUUAUCCGAGGUCUGAUUGAGCAAGAAAUUAUAAAUUUAUGUGCUGCCAGGCCAGACAGAAUGGUCCCUCAGUCUUACAGUGGAAGCCCAUCAGAUAGAACAAGCCUGAGUUUGUAUGAAUGUAACCUGGAGAGAGAACUAGGAUUAGAGGACUUCAGUCUGGGACAGAUAUCUAUUGAAUCAACGUGGUCAUUGGUUGGUAGCUUGGAGAAUAACCUCUCAAAUUCAGACACCACUGAUUCUCUUGAUAGUCCCCGAGGUCAGGGAGACGCAACUGAUAUCGCUGCAUCAUCUUCCUCAACCUCUAGAGGACAGAAGUUGGCCUCCACUCGAUCGGUCAGCAACUGUGGACUGGACAUUCAUUCCUGCCUCCAGUUUUUGCUAGAGCUCUAUGGAGCCUGGCUGCAUAUUGAUAACAACCCCAAGCCACCUCUCAUGCUUCUCAACUCAGUAGUGAAAUCAAUAGUGUGCUUGUCAGACUUAUUCAUGGAGAGGGAGCAGUUUGAGUUCAUGCAAGACAUCCUUCUAGACCUCCUCAAGGGACAUCCUGUGGAGGAUGAGCUCAUCACCCAGUAUCUUGUAGUGGGCAUGUGCAAGGCAACAGCUGUUGUUGGCACGGAGGCAUUGGUCAGUGAGCGUGUGGUCAAAUUAAUAGAGGCAGGACUAAAGAGUACUCACUUACCAACUAAAAUAUCUGCUCUUCAUGGAUCGUUGUAUCUGCUGGAGAGUGGGGUCACAGACCUCAACAUGACCCUGCUGCCGAUUCUCACCGACUUCCUGGUCAAGCAUCUGACCAUUGUGUCCCAAGCUUGCAUCAUCAGUCAACAGUUUGUGGCCACCAUGUGGGCUGUAGCUUUCUACAUCAUUGAGAACUUCUCUUCCAGCAUCAAGGAUAUGGAGUUCACACCCAAAGUUAUGCAG